UUUUUCAGUUGACUAAGUUCCGAUUCAGACAUCAGACCGCGCUAACCAUCGAGCAUAAAAAAUCGCCGAUGCGACGACCCAAACCGCGAUAAACAACAAGGUUUAUUUUCAUUUUUAAUUGUUGCUAGCGUUGACGCGACGCUAUAUCCUUCAGUCCCAGUCAAUUCAUUGCGUUCGUUCGGUUAGCCUGCAAUCAUUAAGUAAACUAUGAAGUAAUACCCGCGUUCUCUCGGUUCAGUGUGCGUCUAGAUCUCGCAUUUAUAAAUCUUUCGUCGUUCAUCCUCGAUAGACUAGCGCUCGUUGGAAUUUAAUGCCGAUUGAUACAGGCACGCGAGCGAUGCGUUAAGAUGAAGCGGUUCGCGAUAUUGCUGGUGUUUUUUCAAGUGUUGUUGUUUGUGGUGCGGGCCAGCAUUAAUUUGACCUAUAUUUUGAAGAGGGAACCGGAUAAAAUUCAGCCGAGUUGUAUUGCGGAGGAGUUGGAAAGGUAUACCGCGGUGGGAUGGGUUUAUCCCAUACCGGCUUCGGAGGAUAAGUUGCCGAAAAUCACUACCAAAUAUAUUCCCAAGAUAAACAGCGACUACAACUGCAACUUUUCGAAAAACGACAAAUGCAACCAAAGAUGGGCGCUGCGCGAUUGGCAGAUCGACGACAACUCGACAAAAACCAGAGAAUUCAUAGCAGAUGGCAGAUGGGAAGAUUUAACUACCAUCUUGAUAUCCAACAACACCAAAGAAUUCGAACAUAGGUACGAUAUAGAGGCUGCACAAAGCAAUGGAUUCUCCGUCAGGUCGUGGGGACCGGUGGAAAUAUUCCUGUGCUCAGGUUGGAAUCCUCGAAGUUAUCCCUGCUAUUACUUCCACAUGAGCAGGAGAACCGUUUACCUUUCAAAGUUUCACAUGCUGGACAACGAGACAGACUAUUCGACAACAAAACUGAAGUCAUACGAAGCUUUCUCAAAUAUCAUAUCCGAUGACGAAUGGCGAAGCUUUGAGGUAAGCGUGGACCAAACCGGAAAGAUCAUUUUGACAGACAAAAAUUUAGACAGGGUAGUAAUCGAAUAUAUUGACAGCGAGCCAUUGAAGCCGAUGUAUCUUCUUAUGCGUAGUCAAAACUCUAGUCUUUGGAGGAUUAGUGAAAGUCAUUUUAUGUAUACAAGGACCUCCCAGAUAUCACGACUAGGACCUCAGCAGCAUACCACAUACAAGGACUUGUGCAUUUCUAUGUAUGUAGCCACUUGUAGUAAUUGCGAGAUGAGUUUCUUCUAUUUGAAUGGUACAAUCAGGCAUAUUCUAAAAUAUGUUGGUCCUACGGACGAAAAAUGGAUGGAAGUAAAACUGAAACAAGAAAAUAUAGGAAUAUCGAAGUUUAACAUUUUUGUUGAAACAAAAUUUGUUCACGAGGAAAAAGAGAAAGGAGAUGGUUGGUGGGCAUAUGAUAACGUGAGAGUUUGCAAUGAGAAUGAGGUGAAAGUGUCCUAUCUUACGCUUUACGAGACAUUUGCUCCAGAUGAUUUGACAGUCGACAGUAUAUCUUGUCAACUGGUAAGGAAACCAAACUGGCGACCGAUAAAACUAGAGUAUGAUGAAAUUUCUGAUUUUCCAUCAGUGAAAACUCAAAGUAACGAGACUUGGAUAAAUUUAUCUUGGGAACUAGAAGAUCCAGAUAAAUACCUCAGUUAUUUUAUUUUCUAUCAGGGUCUGGAUGAUUGUUCAACAGAUAUUGCGAAGUCAAUAAGGUUCAAGUCAUCCGGAUUUAUAUCAACUAAACAUAAUGAAGUCGAUAUCAAAGAUCUAGUACCUUUUACGAAGUAUUAUAUUACUAUCUCUUCAGUACUGCACGAACAUGAUAAAGUUGUUCGCGUAGAUACGUUAGAAACAGAGGAACCAGCAUUAGAUGAACAACCAAUCAAGAUACAUAUUCGUCCGUCAACCACAGCAGUGAAUAUUUCUUGGGACAAACCUGACUGCAACUCUCAAAAAGGCCGACUUAUCUACAGCCUGAACGUUACCAGCUAUGACUAUAAUAUCAGCAAGGAACAGUCUCAAACAGGGAACAGCUUUACAAUAGACGGUCUCAGACCUUACUCUUUGCAUAAACUAACAGUGACUACUGCCAGGAAUGCAAGGAUGUUGAAUAAUGGAGAGCGUACCCUUACCAUGGAGUACAAUUUUACAACAUUACCUGGAGUGGCCCCAUCCGUUGACAAUUUAGAAGUGUAUGCCAUAGGAUCGAGCGUCGCCUUUUUGAGAUACGACCUGCCAUUGGACUCGAGAGGAAUACCAUUAGCCGUUCAAGCAACUCGGUGUAACAAGUUGUCAUUCGCGAAGUGUAGAUCCUUCAUAAGCAAUAUAGAAAGAUGUACGCUGUGGAAGAACAAGUACUGUCUAAGACUGGAUUAUUUGCUGCCUAAACAAGCUUAUAUUUUUAAAGUCAGCGUCAAGAAUCAGGAUACGAAUGUUUUUGGAGCAGAGGCAGCUCUAACGGAAUAUAGUGUAGAAAAAGUUCCUGCUCCUCCAGAAACCGUUACUUAUGAAAUCGUCGAGUGUGAAGAACUUAUUGACUACUGUCAUUUAAAUGUCAGCUGGUCACAUCCGUAUUUUCCAAACGGUACUAUUGAAAAUUUUCAUAUAAUUUUGAACGAUACCGACACUACAGUAAACGAACAGCCUAUUCAAGAAGUCUACAAGAUUUUUAAUAAUACCUAUCUUCCCAAAUAUACUCACCAGGUAAAAUACGUACCAUACGGAAAAACCUACAAUCUGUCAGUCCAGUCAGCUAACAGCAAAUAUAAAAGUAACUAUACCAGCAUAGAGGUGAAGACUGCGGAUCUAGGAAAGCACAUUGACCAGAAGCCUAAACUCUAUGUUACUGGAUACGAAUCGCUACUGUUCAAACUACCGCCAGUUGACAGAAGACUGGACGGUUACAAAGUGACAACAGUGGUUCAAGAUUUCAAUAACUCGGUUCCAGUCUAUACGGAGGACAUUAAAAAUAAAGAACUUUAUAAUAAAUUAUGCCAUCCCUUUGGCACUACAUGGGUACUAGAUGUAGUAGAGGUCAAAGGUAACAAAUCGAGUAAUUUGACAGUCAAAGGGAUAGAUGAUAUCCAUAGUUUGAAGCCUGAUACCCAGUACUGCAUAACAUUUUUAAUUACAAACAAUUAUCAUGGCAAAGAACACGACGUGGUGUACUACGAGAAACUCACCAUGCCAAGCUUACCAGUUCAACCGCCACAAGUUACUCCAGCUUCAAGUUUCAAUCACUUAUAUAUGUUGUUCCUCAUGUUGUUGUUGGUUCCAAUAGGUUUUCUGUUGUAUAGAUAUAUCCACAAGAAAUCCAUAAAGAAGCGUCGUGAACAAAAUAGGAAAGAAAAUGUUUACGAAAGCCUGCCAUUUGAAGACCACGAUGGUAAUUUUGUGAAUAAUCGAAAUUAUGACCAACUCAUUCAUAAGUGAACACUUCUAUUUACUACUAUCUGUGAUAAUAUAUGUUACUUUUCAUAAAAGCUACUAAAACAUGAAGAAAUACCGUACGAUCGAAAAAAAACUGGCGUCAAGUUGGCUUGAAAAUGACGAUCGAUGAUAUUUCCCAUAUAAUUUUACCUAUAAAAGGGCAGCGACCUUCAUUUCAUAGCCAUCGCUGACGCCGUUUUUUUUUCGAUCAUAUUGUAUUAGUAUAAUGUUUUUAUCUCUCCAAAAAAUCCUUUAUGGGUAUUUCGCCACUGCACUGCAAGAAAAUUUACAAAAUAAAAUAGUUAUUUUUUGUAAACACUUCUGGGCGUUAAACCUAAACGGACGCUGCUUGUCAGCGUUUUGAGUUUACAGUAAUACACAUUUGCCUAA